CCGCUCUCAGCUGGAAAGUGUUUGCGGAAGUUUCACUUUAUUGCCCGGUUGAGAUUGAACCGCUCCUGCAUUCCUCGGUUUCAGCGAACUUGUUUUUAAUUAAACAGAGAUAAUGGAUUUCAACUCGGAAUCUGUGAAGAAAGUUAUCUCUAAGUAUAAAUUUCGUGAUGUUGCCAUUGAAGAGCUACAGAAAGUGUCUCGCCUUCAUCCUGAUAUGAAAUUAAUAUCUGGGAUAUACACAUCUAGUGACAGUUUCCAGAAGGAUCUGCUCAAAUUGGUUGGUAACAUCCCAGUCAGAUAUCAAGGGUGCGCUUAUAACCUGCCCAUCCUGCUUUGGCUCUUGGAUUCCUUUCCUUUCACGCCUCCCAUCUGCUUCCUGAGACCCACUUCCAGCAUGCUCAUACGGGAGGGUAAACACGUCGACUCGAAGGGCAGAAUACACCUGCCGGGCCUGCACAACUGGGACCAUCCAAAGUCAUCUGUGAACGGGCUUCUGGCAGAGAUGAUCGCUAAGUUUGAGGAGGAACCUCCACUGGGCACCAAAUCUUCAGCACAGGGCGACGAUCCCAACAAUCUGCUGGCCUACGUGUCAAAUCUCACCAUUAACGAAGGUGGAAAUCAGCUUGAUCAGGAGGUUAAGAUCUCAGUGAUUGGCGGAGGAGAUUUGGGAAUCGCUGCUGUGUUGAGUAUUAUGGCAAAAGGCUGUGUUGACAAACUGGUUUUGAUUGACAUGCCUGAGAUUUCAACAAAAGGUGGCACAAUGGAUUUGGAGAUUUUCAGUUUACCGAGAGUCGAGGUCUCAAAAGACCUGUCGGCCUCGGCCGGCUCUAAGGUGGUGGUGAUCACAGCGAAUGCCUGGAGUGAUGAGCAGUCAUAUUUGAGUUUAGUUCAGACUAAUGUGGACAUGUACAGAGGCAUCAUCCCUCGUCUCGCCCAGCUGAGUCCGAAAGCCGUGCUGCUCAUCGCCUCGCAACCAGUGGACAUCAUGACACAUGUUGCCUGGAGACAGAGUCAUCUUCUGCCCACUCAGGUGAUCGGUAUGGGCUGUAAUCUGGACUCGGAGAGACUGUCUCAUAUCAUCAACAUUUCACUGGUGGCGAAUAGCACAGGCAAGCAGGCAUGGGUCAUUGGAGAACUCUCCGAGAACAAGGUGGCAUUGUGGGGUAAUAUGGGGCCAGGAACUGACCAGCUCCAAGCGUUCACUCCAGUGUCCAACUCCACCAAACCAUUAAUGGACAGGGCGUUAGAGAUGCUCAAAGGCAGAGGUCAGAGGUCAUGGUCAGUCGGGUUGUCCGUUGCUGACAUUAUUCACAGCAUUGUAGCAGACAAAAAGAAGAUACACUCUGUCACAACACUGGCUGAGGGUUGGGGUGGAAUCGGUUCCAAAGUGUUCCUCAGCUUGCCAUGCAUCCUCGGGGAAAACGGCUCUACCCGAUUACCAGGAGUGUCUCUGGGUUCAGAGGAUGAAAUGAAGCUGAGGGAGAGUGUGGCGUGUCAGGUCAACCUCUUCAUGCAGCUGAGAUUGUAACUCAGGUGCAGGAUGAAACAUCACCUCUACAAGUGAUGCAUUUUUUCUGCAAGCUCUGUUACAGUCACAGCUUUACUGUCAAUUUCUCAAGGAAGGUAAAGAUGCAUUUUAAUCCUUCUUGCAAUACUUGCUUAUCUUAUAUUCUCACAGCAGCCCCUGUGAAGUGACAGUCCUCCAUCUGACAGCAAUAGCACUGAAGACUUUAUCUCGGCUUCCUGUGAAGCAUUAUGCAUAUUAUUAUUGCACUUGUUUACAAUACAAACUAUGUAUAUGCAAUCCUGUUUGUUAUAUGAUUUAUAUAAAUGGUUAUCUGUGAGAAUAACGCAACAUCAGUGCCUUUAUGAAGGUUAAAUUAUGGUAGAAAGGUAAAAUGACAAACUAUAUGCAAUCCUGUUUGUUAUAUGACUUUGUGGUUAUCUUUGAGAAUAAUGCAACAUCGGUGCCUUUAUGAAUAUUAAAUUAGAGUAGAAAGGUAAAAUGAAUGGCUUCAAGUGCUUGUUAAAUGCUGUUGCCAAUCAGGCAGAUCUGUGAUGUAGGUUUGCUUUAAAUCAGUGGGUUGAUGGGCAUGGGUUCCUGAUGUGCUUUUAUGCAAGUGAAUGUAUAUUAAUUUAUGAAGAAAUAUUUGACCCUGGUGUUAUAUUUCAUCACAUUGUGCUUGUGCCAUAUACCUCUGAAUGUGAAAUUAGAAUUGACAACAGCAAUAAUGUAAAUAUUAAAAUAAACACUCCACUUUA